AUGACUCAGCUUCUGUCUGUUUGCCAAGUCUCUCUUUCUCUGUGUUUCCAUCUCCAUCUGUUCUCUCUCUAUAGCUUUCUUUGUCACAUGCACAAAAACAUUAAAUUUAUCCAUAACUUUGGCUCUCUCUCAGCAGCCUAACAUUAACAGGCAUUCAACCGGUCUUAAGUAGCUAGUUUGCAGAUGGCUGUCCGUCUCCCAGACCCCUGUCUGUCUAGUCCCUGUCAAAAUGGAGGCGUUUGUUUCGUCUUGACCUCUGACCCUGAGGGGUUUCACUGUUCCUGUCCCCCCAACACCAAGGGACCAAUGUGUCACAGACAGCUGAGACAGGUAUUUUUGAGCCAAACUGGAGUAGUGGAUUAGAAUGGAUUUUAAAUGUGUUGUGAAACAACAAAAUGUCCAUGUUGAUGUCAAACCUUUUUGGUCCAUGUUGUGAAUGAAUCAAAGCUUUUUGAGUCACGCUAGCAGCAAUGGCUCAAGGGAUGUCCAGACAGGUGAUGCUGGUCCAGAAUGAAAUAUCUCAACAUCUAUUGGAUGGAUUGCCAAAGAAUCUGGUACAGAUAUUCAUAGUCCUCUGAGGAUUCAUUGCAUUCACUUUGGUGAUGCCAUAACAUUUUAUUUAGCACCAUUGUCCAAGAAUUUGCACUGAAUGGUUGAUAAACCAAUGACAUUCCCAUCUGCCUCAGCCAUACUUUGUGUGUAGUGCUAAUCAGAAAAUGUUAGCAUGCUAAAACGCUAACUUAAUAUGGUGAAAAUGGUAAGAAAAAUUAGACCUGUUAAACAUCCACGUUUGUUAUUGUGAGCAUUAUUAGCAUUUGGCACAAGCACCAUUAUUUAGUACAGCCUCACAGAGCUGUCUUAAUGUGCUUUUCCAGUUGCAUCCACUGUAGGUGUUUUGUUUGUUUUAGUUUUGAAGAUUUGCUUAUUGUAUGUUUGGUUACCCGGCAGGUCUCCAGAACUUUUCAAAUGCUUGAGGUGGGUCACAGUCACAAAUGAAAACCAAGGUUUGAAACCCCCACCUGUUACGUGUUGUGUUACCAUAGUUUCUUAUAGUUUCUUAUAGUUUUAGCAUUUUCCUUUUAGUCGUGCUUGUAUUUGCCUCUGUACUUUGCUAUAUUUACAAGGCUCUGUGCUACCACAGUAGGUUAUUGUGUGAUAAAGGAAUAGUCAGACAUUUUGGAAAAGUAUUUGCAAAUUAGAUAAGAAGAUCAAUCUCAUAGGUUCUGGUAGAUUUUUUUUUACAUCUGGACUGAGCAAAUAGUCAUUAGUUACUAGUAGUUUCCUUUUAAGCUAAUGUUCUCUGGCUGUAGCUUUAUAUUCAACUUACAGAUAUGUAAGUGGUAUCGAUCUUCUUAUCUAACUCUAUGCAAAUAAGUGAGUGCAUGUAUUUCUCAAAAUGUCAAACUAUACCUUUAAUGUAACUGAUGUAGUUUGUAGAUCACUCUUGUGAUUCUCUGUUGGUUUAGCUUCGGCCUGCUAGAUUGGGUGAGCCCAAUAGCAGUGCUUCAUUUUACUUUUGUCCUUUGUCAGUUCUGGCUAUGGGCUUUGCAGUGGGGUUUAAGGCUGGGUAAGAGGCCCUGUGUCCCCCCUCCCCACUUCUAGGCAUGUUUGGUACCAAAGCCAGAGAACCACUGUGAAGGAGUGCGGCCAUUUCAACGCCGCUGGGCCUUUAAUCCUACCUCUGGCCUCUGUGAGGACUUCCUCUACUGCCCUGGAAACAGCAGCAAGAACUUCCCCUCCUUUAAUGCCUGUAGGGACCAUUGCAUGUUUGGAGCGUGCUGCCUCCGCAAACCGAGACAUGGUGUUCCCACAGGCCAGCAGCAUUACACUGAACGUGGAUACAACAACUCCUUUGUGAACAGGACUCUUUGGGGAUACGAGCAGCGCAAUUUAGAGGAUGAAAUGUGGUACAUCAUAGACUUCAACCAUACUGAAGUGGAAGAUCUGAAAGAAAACCCUAAAAGGGCUGACUGCCCCAAGGAUCCAAAUUUCACUUAUACCUGUGAUUACCUCACAUUAACACAGUGCCAAGCUCUGGUGAAUGACGAAGCUGGAGAGACACAAACAGUGAGCUUCUCUCCUGGAGUGAAGUGCUCUGAGGUGCGAUGUGGUGGAGGUUGUGGAUGCUUCUCUCCACGCAGGCUCUGGAGAAAUGGUGAAAAGUUCAGAAAAGGCUGUGAGGAAUGCAUUUGCACAGGGAGUGGCAGAGUUGACUGUGUGUGCACACACCUGACCCAGCGUAAAGAGAUCAGAGACCUCACACUGAGAGAGAUGAGGCUGUACCAACGGGCCAUAAGGAAACUCUACACCAGGUCAGCUGCGUGGAAGGGCUUUGCACUACUGAGAACUGAGUUCUCCCCUCAGGCUGGUAAUCAGGCCUUCUUCCUCCCCUGGCACCGCUAUUUUCUGCGAUUAGUGGAGCGCGAGCUGCAGUCAAUGUCAUCAUGCAAAUUGGCAAUUCCAUAUUUUGAAUGGACGGUGGACUCUGGGUCAAUGAAGUCCUCUGCUGCCUGGCAGGCUGGAUUGUUUGGAGGAGAUGGUGAGCCUGGCUCAGACUGCAUCCCACAUCACCCUUUCCAGGGUGUGACAUCCCACUUCCACUGGUCUCCUUGUCUCAGACGAAGUUUCAACUCCUCGGUGUGGCUGCCAAAUGCAGUGAACCUUCAGAGGACUGUAAACCAGGGAGACUUCCUGUUGUUCUCCCAGUCUCUGCAAACCUUUUCUGGCCUCUUUAGACUUUGGGUAGGGGGUCACAUGGCUUCACCUCUGGCUGCUUAUGACCCUUUAUAUUUGUCACACAUGGCAUUCAUGGACAAGCUGUGGGCACAGUGGCAAGAGAAACAUCAACAUGCAUCUUCUAGAGACAAUCAUGCUCAGAGCAUCAGUCUCUAUCCUGCCAGACAGAAGCAUGUGAAGAUGGAACCUUUUGGCGUCACCCCAGAUGAUGUGAUUUCUUCCCAGUGGCAGAUGUGUGUGGUGUAUGUGCCGAUAACCAUCGGUGCACCUUGUAAUAUGACAUUAUUACAAAAACACCUACAAGGAAGUCCAAAAUAUCAGAGGAUUCAUUUUGCCAAGUCACACUAUAGUGACUUUGUUAGUGGAGGUUUUGACACCAGUGGUUUCGACCAGCAUGGAUACGAUCGUGAUGGCUAUGACCAAAGUGGUUGGGACAGGUGGGGCUAUGGCAAAGAUGGUUUUAAUCGGGAUUUCAUUGAUAGAGAUGGAUAUGACAUAGCGGGUUUCAACCGCUAUGGGUUCAACCGUUUCAAUGUCACCUGGUUUGGUAUGCAUAGAGAUGGGGUGUUUCAGAGCAAAAAAAAGAAAGACCGCCAUCAAGAGGAGGACAAUGAUGAAAAGAUACAAAGAGACAAGAUAAUAUCUGAGCUCUUUAGUGACAAAGGUUACAGUAUCUAUGGGUUUGAUCCAUUUGGCUUGGAUCGUGGUGGGUUUGAUGCAUUUGGCUUUCGAACAGAUGGUUAUGACAAGGACAAUUGCAACUGGUUCUUCAAUGGACCACACUAUAUGCGCUUCUACUUCCACACACAGCAACAGUUAAUGUCAUCCAGUGACGGAGCUCUAAACCGCAUCACCCGUACCUGCCCUCCCAUCACCUCCCUUCCCACACACUGGCCCACAUGGGACUGGAUGACUUUUGAGCCAAACAAAAACAGUGCUGUGGAUGGUAAACCUGAGGAGGACUGGGUGGGACAAAAUAAGUUGGAAACUUAUGAUACUGUUAUGACAGCCAAUCAAAAUGAGAGCGACAUAUGGCUUCCAAUCACACCUGAUCAAAGGUUUUGUUUCAAGCUCCACUGGUUCAGCGGCUGUCCCCUUGGCUCUGCUCCUAUCACCUGCCCUGACCUCUGCCAUCAGGCCCAUUGCCAUGGUCACCCAGAGGCCAUCUGCCAUAUGCACAAUUGUGGUUCAUGUUUCACAGAGUGGCGGGAUCCAGCAACUGGAAACCAUGUAAUAUGCCAUGGCUGGUAAACACUGGACCGUCUGCCAGUAAAAAAGAUGGAAGAAUAAAGUACUUUUCGCAGCAGUUAAGAGGAGGAUUAACCAUCAUUUGACCUACAUCAAGGAACCUCCUUUGGCUGUUGAAAGGGACUGAUACUGGAAUAGAAUAUGACCAAUGUUAAAACUCUGUAUGGGCUACUUUAUCUACUCUAGAUGUGGUGUUAAGGCAUUGGUUCACCCAAUAUAUUAAAAAAGCAUCUUCUAUCUCGUACCUCUAGUGGUAUCUAGCAAUGUGUAUCUUCAGUAACAAACAUCUGCAUCAGUCUACUUCAGUUUUAAAAAAAGUGCACUAAAAACAGUUGACAGCAAGGUUGAGUAUUGUUUUUUCAAAGAGAUAUUGCUGUUGAAUUUUUAAAUGCAUUUUUUUUAAACACAGUUAGCAGCACUAACACAAUUCCAAUAACUCUGAAUGUGUUAGAGGAGGCAGAAAUCUCAAAAUUGGAACAAAUGAUAUUUGAAUUUUUUGCUGAGCUAGAUACCAGUAGAGGUAAUUAAAAAUACUCAAUCAAUCUUUUUCUAUCAAUAAUGGGUCAAGUGAAUUCAUGUAAUGUGAAGUUGCCAGUAGGGUUAGUAGCUCUGUGGAGGGAUUUUAGUGUCUUUCAGCUCAUUGUUUUGGUUUUAAGGCCCUAAAUUUAAUUGUUUUAGGUUCACUGUCAUCCUCCAUUUCUUUUUGCAGCCGGCAGAUUUGUACAGAGCUAAUGUUCUAAUAAACUGUGUGUACACCACCUACCCAGAACCAAACAGCAAAUAGUAGUUUUAUAUUGUACUCCUCCUCAGUAGUAGGAGAAGACCAAAAAAGAGUUAGAAAGAGAGUGAAUAUUGGAUUUAUUGUUGUUUGGUGGCCAGAAGCACGACUCAAAAUACAUGCUAAUGUUGCUCACAAAUGCUGGAUAUGUAAAUAGACAUCUCUUUGGAAAUAUGUUCACCUGUAUUUGGUGAUACUUUGUCAAUGUUGUGUUCACAGUUUGGUGUGCUGUCCCCAAGUGUCCAAAAAUCAGUUAAUACAGGUUUAAAGGACUGUACUGGUAGUUUUCCCAUACAAAUUGUAUUAUUACCAAUUGCCAAAGUUUUCUAGUUGGUGCAUUUAACAAAACCUUUUGCAGCCCUCUGUCAAAGUGAGGUGAAACAAACAUGUGGAACUAAUGUUGAUGUUGGACUGGCCUCAUUAAGGAUUCUCAGCCUCUCUUUGUCUUUAACGUCCUCAGUCCUCUCCCCACUCCCACAGAGUUAUGUCAGCUUUGUUCUGUCCUGCUUAUUGCACACACUCUCGCCAUCAUUGUAAUACACAUGUGCCCCAGCAGUCCACUCUCUCCUCUCUCACCCCACCCAUGACGACUCUCUCUGUCACCGUCUCUGCCUUUUCAGCCGUCUCUCCCCUAAUUGUUUCUGCAUGUUGGCCAGAAGACUCCAAUGGCACCCGGUUGAUGUACAGUCGCAGACUUGCUCUCCCACACACACACUUUGAUCUCAUGCAUGCUUGGUUUGCUAGAGGAAAUGCCUGUUGGCUGCUGGCACAGUAGGCAGCCUCACUAGCCUCUCUCUCGCUCUGUGAUUAUUGCCCUGUCUCACACACAAACUCAUUGUCUCUGUCCUUUGGAGAGUCAUCAUUAAAAUAAUUAUCUGCUGAAA